AUGACUAAUACCGAUGACAAGAAGAAGACCCAAAAGGACCCUAACAGCAAGCGCAAGGGCAAAGAUGACGACAAGCACUUGACGAAUCGUGCUGGGGCGCAGAGUGGACAGCAGAACCCUUCAGCUCGUGGUGAUGAAACUGGCUCUGGUCUCGCCAUAAAACAUCCGGCAAAGCCUCGUCGUUCGGCGACCUUGCCCGCCAACGUGAGCGCGCUUGGGUCGUCCGUGGACAAGAUCGGCCAGACUGAUAUGUCUUUCGUGAAACAGAAUACCGGCGCACCGAUCAACAACGAAAUGGGGAUUACUCGCGGUAUACCGGUAGACGUGCCUGGCUUUGGUCAGCUCUCGGGACCUGGCGAGGUACUGACAACCGCGUUUCGGGGCGCUCAACCAAGCAAUUUUGUCCAAGAGGGCUCAAAGCAGAAGUUUGUUGGAAUAACUUCGACGCCGGAAUCGCGGUUACUCGACGACUCGCGAAAGACGAUAUUGGCCCAACGGAGCUCUGUUCAACAAAAGAAUGACGCCGAGGCCGAGAAUGGUGGUCAAGACCAAGGCUAUCGUCCUCGAAAGCGCCAGAGGCGACCGUUUUGCGUUGGGUGCAAGUCCGAUCAGCAUUAUAUCGACAGAUGUCUAAAGGCCAGCGACAACGGACUCAUGAAAGGCUGCCCAGUAUGCAACACCUUAGAGCAUAGUGCCGAGGAUUGCAAUAGCCCGAGGGUCCUGGAUGACGUAGACAGGACGUGUGAAUUUGUCUACCGACGUCGCAACAUGCCUAGCUUCUUGACCUUCGAGAGCUGGUAUGACCUUGUUAGGGACAAUGCCAGCCCUGCGCCUACAAAUAUGGAUCGGUUCCCGUGGACCCCUGAGUUCACCAAGUCCAUUUCUGCAGCCAUCGAUGAUCUUCAGCAAAAGGUGAACGAUUUGGGUCUUGAAGAUGCUAAGCUGCCUGUGGAUCCCAGCGUCAACGGGUGGACCGCUGUGAAGGGCCAUUUCAACGAGAAGGCUCCUACGGCAACGAUGGAUCAAUCUGAAGAACCCGAGCUUCCCUUCACAAUGACCGAGGAGGCUCCUGCCCAAGUCGAAAGCCAGUCUGGAGUUGCUCCUGUACCCGAACAAGAGCCUGUCACUGCUCCCACGGAUGAGCCUAGUCUCUUUGCAGUCGCAAAGAAACAACAAGAAAAUUCGCGUCGCCGACCUUGGGACGAAGAUAGUGAAGUUGAAGAUGAUGAAGUCGACAGCGAUGACGAUGAAGCGAACAGACGAAAGAUGCAGAGAAUGCGGAGAGCUGAGCGUAGCGAGAUGGUCCUCCGAGCGAGCAGCCAUACUCCUGGAGAAUAA